CGAGCUCUAUAAACCCUAAUCACCCUUUGCUUUACACUCUCAAAGCUUGUGUUUUCAGAGGCGGCUAUCUCUUCACUCAAAUCGGGGCCAUGGCGAGGAUCAAAGUUCAUGAGCUGAGGAACAAAAACAGAGCAGAUUUGUUGGGUCAAUUGAAGGAUCUCAAGGCUGAGCUGGCUCUUCUUCGUGUAGCCAAAGUUACCGGCGGUGCUCCUAAUAAACUAUCUAAAAUAAAGGUUGUUAGGACAUCCAUUGCUCAGGUUUUGACUGUGAUGUCACAGAAACAGAAAGCGGCACUGAGGGAAGUGUACAAGAACAAAAAGUACAUGCCUCUUGAUUUGCGUCCCAAGAAAACCAGGGCCAUCCGUAGACGUCUAACAAAGCACCAGGCAUCGUUGAAAACCGAAAGAGAGAAGAAGAAAGAGAAGUAUUUCCCAUUGAGGAAAUACGCCAUCAAGGUUUAGAGGUGCAUUAUUGUCUUUUUGAGUUUUGCAGUUCAUCAAUUUCAGUGGUUUUUGUAAACCCAGAUUCGCUGCUUUUCUGCUUUAAUGAUAAUUGAAAGAUGCUUAAAUAC